AUGCCAGAAAUUGAGAUGCCGUCUCCGGACGAGGUUCGAGCCGCGACAGUGAGGUUCUCGUCGGCCGAUGCCUUCAAGAAGGUCGUCAAAAUACGAGACAAUCUCACGGUCAAGUACGGUAACGCAGUCAAGCUACUCGAAGCUGGCACGAUGCGAUUCGUUGCAGAUAAUAGCGCUGUACACGUUCCUAAGAUCCACGGGAGUUUCACAGAUCCGGAGACAGAUGAGCAUUUCAUAGUCAUGGACUUCAUUCCCGGAGAAACCCUCGAGAAGCUAUUACCGACGCUAAAUCAACAGGAGAAAGACCAAAUCACGCAGCGGAUCAAAGAAGCAGUCGCCGAGCUUCGCAGGAUUCCUUCUCCAGGCUACAUCGGUGGUAUCAAAAAGUCCGCGAUUCCGCAUGACAUGUUCUGGUUUCCUGGGCGCGACCCAAUAAUAGCAGGGCCUUUCGAGAACGAAGCUGCCUUCAACGAGGGUCUCCUACGAAGGCUCGGCACUGUUUCCUCCAUGACCGAAUCUUACCUCGAUACGCUUCGCGAGCUUUUCAACGAGGCAUUGAAGAAUCACCGGAUCGUCUUCACGCACAGUGAUCUCCAGCCGAAGAACAUUAUGGUCCACAGGACGAGCGAUGACGAGGAUGGCAUAGAUCAAUUCCAAAUCACGAUUAUUGACUGGGAAGAUGCGGGCUGGUAUCCUGACUAUUGGGAGUUUUGCCAGGCCAAUGUCAUGGCACAAUAUCGGGCUCAUUGGCUCGCGAUGUCCAGGCGGGCAUUGUCAUUACCCGGUUAUGAGUACACUCUGAUGCAGAUGGUCUUUCAUAUAUUAUAUUACUGA